AUCUUAGCCAUAACAGGGUCUGUUUUAAUCUGCAACGUAAAUUCACGCUAGUCAAGUCUCAUCAUUGAGAUGUCUAUCAUUGGUGGGCCAUCUAUUCCUACCGCCAAGGAUGUCCUGCGGUCGUACCUCAGGCAUGGGCCACCUUCGGACGAGGAAAUAUUGAAGCUGGAUGGAUUCAUUGAUGUCGUUCGAGAUUCCGCCGACAAACUGAUGGAAUCAUGUACAAAACCCGACACGACUUCAGCCAGUCUCUUCGUCAUGGCGCGCGCGUACAGCGACUCCCGUGAAGACAUCAUCCCUCCCGACGCCCUUGUCAAGAUCUUUCUCUGGCAUCUCUCUUCCGACAAGGUCCCCUCUAAAUUGACACCACCAGUCGAAAAUGACGCGUCAGAACACGCUUGGGCUUGUCUGCUGGGUCUGGGACACCCGAAAUUCACCGUCGCAUUGGGCGAUAAUGCUGACUGGCAGCGUCGGAUUCUCAAAAGUUGGCCUGGGAUCUUCAAGUGGGCCAAAUUUAUCUUCAACCAGCGUGUCACUCCAGAAUCCGACUCACAAGACGCGAAAGAGGUCCUGAGCGUCCUUGCGUACUUGAUUUGCUGUUUCUCCACCAUACCUAAACUCGCCGUCGAACUUCGAAAGACUGGUGGUCUGAUCGACCUGCUAACGCGCCUCUGGGUACACAAACACGCAGAGACCUACCAUGCAUCCUCGGCACUAUAUCUCACGCUGAACGGCUGCAUGGCCAAGGAGCUCGACGUCGUUUGUAACGCUGGCGGAGGUCCGCAGGAGGUGGCCAAACUCGCUCUCAGCCGGCUCAAGAAGGCAAUGAACACGCCAUCGCCGUCUGCUAUACACAUCUCCACACAUACCUAUGUUCUGAACAAUCUCGGACGACUUCCUCGCCAUCCACUCACAGCUUGCGUCCUCUCCGAACACGCCGCUUGGAAUGUCACUCGCAUGCUCGUCAUCAUCUCGAAACUCAUCGGGUCCAGUUUGAAGCCCGAGCGAUACCUGCAGGAAUGCGUCUACGCAGGGUUCGCCUUCCUCCGAUACGGCUUCAUUCGCGAUGACAGUUACAAGUGGGUUUGUCAGUCGCUCGACGCCGGUCUUCUCCCGGUGAUCAUUGAGUUGAGUCUUGUGGUCGAGAAUAUCGACCACCACCAUCCAAAGGAGUGUUUACGCCACAUCUUGCGGGAAACACUUCCAAAGCAUAUGAUCUACAAGUCAGUGAUCAAGGUCAUGAAGCGGGAGAUGGAAGAUGUGGAUGCCGAGAUGGUAGAUCGGAGGGUUCGAAAGAGUUAUUUGAAGGAGGAUUGGAUGUCAUUGUUGCUGUUGACGGAAUUGAGGAGCAAUGUGGCGCAGCUGCCGAAGAGUCUGAGGCCUGGAGGUGUCGCUUGCGAUAAUAUUCGAUGCAAUCGGUCGGGGAAAAAGAACGAAUUGCGGCGCUGCACGGGCUGUCACUACGUUUACUUCUGCUCUAAAGAGUGCCAAGUUGAAGGCUGGCCAGAACACAGGCCAAUGUGCAGACUCAAGAAUAAGCAAAACAUCUAUCGCGCCGGCUCGCAGCUCAUGUUCUACGAGAGCGACGCCAAAUUCUUUCGCGAGCUCUUCGCCUCAGACGCCAGCGUCCAUCUUCCGCACCUCCGCAAACUUGCAGCGCGUAAAUUCCCGAAAGAACCCGGCGAGAACUUUGUCAUCUGUAUCGACUAUACGAACCCCGAGUAUCCCGCUGGGACGUGUUCGCUGAAGAAUAUCAACACGUACAAGUUCCAAGACCUGGGUGGAGACGACGCUGAGAUAGAGAAUAUGAAAAGGCAGGACGCUGAAAAGCUGAAACAGGUCCGCCAGUAUCCAAAAGAGUUCACGCUCAUCGAGGGAACCUUCGUAUACGGCGAACAAAUCUUCAGUCGCAACCUCAUCACGCGUCCAAACAUCUGGGUCAAUCGCGUAUCUUUUGACAACGACGACGACAGCAAGUGGGCAUGGUCGAGAUGCGAGAAUGGGCCGUCGGGGCCUGAUCUCUUGGCGAUGCUGGCGUCGGCGGACAGCCCGUACGAUGAACUACAGAACAACUUCAGUGGUAUGAAUAUGGAGGAUAUAGAUUGAAGUUUGAGGCGCGUUAUCAUGUUCUUGGCCAAGCGGACACCGUGCUCGGGUCGACGGGCUAUUAUUUGUGCUCACAUUGUAUUGUGCUUCUUGUUGUACUGCGAGAUGUUGUACCCCUAAUAUUUACCGUUAUGGGUCCAC